AUGUUAACAAAAUUUGAAACCAAGUCAGCCAGGGUAAAGGGCUUAAGCUUUCACCCUAAACGCCCCUGGAUUUUGGCCAGUUUACACAACGGAGUAAUUCAGCUAUGGGAUUAUCGUAUGUGUACUUUACUGGACAAGUUUGAUGAACAUGAUGGCCCGGUUCGUGGUAUAUGUUUUCACAAUCAGCAACCCUUAUUUGUAUCGGGUGGAGAUGAUUAUAAAAUAAAAGUUUGGAAUUACAAGCAAAGACGUUGCAUAUUUACACUUUUGGGGCAUUUAGAUUAUAUUAGAACAACUUAUUUUCAUCAUGAAUAUCCCUGGAUUUUAAGUGCUUCUGAUGAUCAAACCAUUAGGAUAUGGAAUUGGCAAAGUAGGAACUGUAUAUGUGUCUUGACAGGACACAAUCAUUAUGUAAUGUGUGCUCAGUUCCAUCCUAGUGAAGACAUAAUUGUGUCAGCUUCUCUUGAUCAAACAGUUCGUGUAUGGGACAUUUCAGGAUUGAGGAAAAAAAAUGUGGCUCCAGGCCCAGGAGGUUUAGAGGAACACCUAAGAAAUCCAGGAACUACUGAUUUAUUUGGACAAGUUGAUGCUGUCGUUAAACAUGUUUUAGAGGGUCAUGAAAGAGGAGUUAAUUGGACAUGUUUUCACCCCACAAUGCCAUUAAUAGUUUCUGGUGCAGAUGACAGAUUGAUUAAGUUUUGGAGGAUUAAUGAUGCCAAAGCUUGGGAAGUGGACACAUGCAGAGGCCAUUAUAAUAAUGUUUCUUGCGUUUUAUUUCACCCCAGAAAUGAGCUCAUGCUAUCUAAUUCAGAAGAUAAGAGUAUCAGAGUGUGGGAUAUUACAAAAAGAACUUGCCUUCACACUUUUAGAAGGGAACAUGAAAGAUUUUGGGUUUUGGCUGCACAUCCAUCACUAAACAUAUUUGCAGCAGGACACGAUGCAGGAAUGAUAAUUUUUAAAUUAGAAAGAGAGAGACCUGCUUAUGCUGUUUAUGGAAACAUGUUAUAUUAUGUUAAAGGUAGAUUUUUAAGAAAGUUGGAUUUUAUUACUUCCAAGGAUGUUGCAGUAAUGGUUUUAAGAGGAGGAGGAAAAGUUCCAAUUUAUUGCAUGUCCUACAAUCCGGCAGAAAAUGCUGUUUUAUUAUGCACCAGAGCCUCCAAUGUUGAAAAUAGUACCUAUGACUUAUAUUCAAUACCCAAAGAAGUUGAUUCUCAGAAUCCUUCAAGUCCUGAGUCAAAAAGAUCUACUGGUAUUACUGCUAUAUGGGUUGCAAGAAAUCGUUUUGCAGUAUUAGACAGAUCACAUUCACUUGUUAUAAAAAAUUUAAAAAAUGAAAUCACUAAAAAAGUUCAGACACCAAAUUGUGAUGAAAUAUUCUACGCCGGAACUGGUAUGUUGUUGUUAAGAGAUUCAGAUGGUGUUACGCUUUUUGAUGUUCAACAGAAAAGAACUUUGGCUCAAGUUAAAAUGAAUAAAUGUCGUUACGUCAUAUGGUCAUCUGAUAUGUCUCACGUAGCUUUACUUGCAAAACAUACCGUUAAUUUAUGUAAUAGAAAACUAGAAUCUCUUUGCUCCAUUCAUGAAAAUACAAGAGUUAAAUCUGGUGCUUGGGAUGAUAGUGGCGUUUUCAUAUAUACAACUAGUAAUCACAUUAAAUAUGCUAUUACCAACGGAGACAGUGGAAUAAUUCGUACGUUAGAUCUUCCAAUUUACAUAACAAGAGUAAAAGGAACUCAAGUAUUUUGUCUUGACAGGGAAUGUCGUCCAAGAAUUUUAAAUAUCAUUCCCACGGAAUUUAAAUUUAAACUGGCAUUAAUUAACAGAAAGUACGAAGAAGUAUUGCAUAUGGUUAGAAACGACAGAUUAGUCGGUCAGUCGAUAAUUGCUUACCUUCAACAGAAAGGAUAUCCUGAAGUUGCUCUACAUUUUGUCAAAGAUGAAAAAACACGUUUUAGUUUGGCUUUAGAGUGCGGUAACAUAGAAGUUGCGUUAGAGGCAGCUAAAGUUUUAGAAAAUAAAACUUGCUGGGAAAGGCUGGCAGAAGCAGCACUGAGGCAAGGAAACCAUCAAAUUGUUGAAAUGUGUUAUCAAAGAACAAAGAAUUUCGACAAAUUAUCUUUCUUAUAUCUUAUAACUGGAAAUUUGGAAAAGUUGAGAAAAAUGAUGAAAAUCGCUGAAAUCAGGAAAGAUUUAUCGGGUCAAUACCAAAAUGCUUUAUUCCUUGGAGAUGUUGCAGAAAGAAUAAGAAUUUUAAAAAGCUGCGGUCAAACAUCGUUAGCUUACUUAACUGCUGAAACUCACGGUUUGAAAGAGGAAGCUGACUUUUUGAAAGAAUCCAUUGAUACCGAAAAAUGUGGAUUGCCUCAAGUGAAUCCACAAGCGGUAUUAUUAAAACCACCCAUUCCUAUAAUGCAGGCAGAAACUAAUUGGCCUUUGCUUACCGUAUCAAAAGGAUUUUUCGAAGGCGCUAUGUUAUCAAAGAAUAAACCUGGUGCUGCUAAUUUUGCUGCUGAUACGGUUGAGGAUUCUGCUCCUGAUGGUUGGGGCGCCGAUGCAGAACUUGGUUUAGAUGAAGGGGGAGAAGUCGACGAUGUAGAAAAAAUUGAAGUUGGUGAAGAAGGUGGCGGAGGCUGGGAUGUCGGUGAUGAAGGUUUAGAUUUACCAGAAUUAGAAGCCUCUGCUUCUGCAGGGGCAAGUGGAGAUGGUUACUUUGUGCCUCCGUCUAAGGGUGUUCCACCAACUCAAAAUUGGGUUAACAACUCUCGACUUCCUGUCGAUCAUAUUUUAGCUGGUUCAUUCGAAUCCGCAUUUAGAUUAUUACACGAUCAAGUGGGUGUUGUUAAUUUUGAGCCAUUUAGAGAUUUAUUUCUAAAUACUUAUAGUCGCUCAAGAACCUCAUUUAGUGCAAUGCCUUUACUCCCGCCUUUAUUCGGAUAUCCCUUGAGAAACUGGAAAGAUUCUGGACCCAAAGGAGGACUCCCAGCUUUAGGUUUAAAACUGUCAGAUUUAGUUCAAAGGCUCCAGGUUUGUUACCAACUGACUACAUCUGGAAAAUUUUCGGAGGCCAUCGAUAAGUUUAGAAAAUUACUUUUAAGUAUUCCUUUGUUGGUGGUAGACAGUAGACAAGAGAUUGCAGAAGCUACUCAGCUUUUACAAAUAUGUAGAGAAUACAUUGUGGGUUUAAUGAUGGAAACAAAUAGAAAAGAUUUACCAAAAAGCACACUGGAAGAACAAAAACGACUGUGCGAAAUGGCUGCGUAUUUCACUCAUUGCAACCUACAACCCGUGCACCAAAUUUUAACGUUAAGAACGGCAUUAAAUUUAUUUUUUAAAUUAAAAAAUUAUAAAACGGCUGCAUCUUUUGGUAGAAGAUUAUUGGAAUUGGGUCCAAGACCGGAAGUUGCAACUCAAGCGCGAAAAAUCCUUCAAGCCUGCGAUAAAAAUCUUGUGGAUGAACACGAAUUAGUCUAUGACGAGCAUAAUCCUUUCUCACUAUGCGCUCGUACAUAUAAACCAAUUUACAGAGGAAAACCGGAAAUAACAUGUCCCUUAUGCGAAGCCAGUUAUUUUCCUCAAUUUAAAGGUUCCAUUUGUAACGUUUGCGCAGUGUCGGAAAUAGGAAAAGAAACGAUCGGAUUAAGGAUAAGCUCUUUGCAAUUUCGUCAAUAA